AUGGACGCCCUCGUUUACCGAAAGAACACUAUCCCCGAGCGCCAGCGUGCUCUUCAGGCCGACCCUCGACCAGUCUUCCAGCGCCUGCCUCGCUCCCGCCUCUACAUGGGUCUCUUCAUGACCCUCUUUGGUGUUGGAAUGUAUGGCACCACCGUUGGCUUCUACAACAUGGCUGUCGGCAAGAAGCGCUCUUCGUAA